CUGGAUUUCCAACUGUAGAUUUUCUCUUGUUUGUGAUUGGAAAACCACGUGUACACGGUCUUUGGUCGUGGUCACCUUGCUGGGGAGUUGGGUUUUCACACCAGCUUCUGUGGGAAGCGGAUCAAAAGCAAGUAUUUCAGGUCGAUCUGCCCUGAUCAAAACUUGGAAAGUAAACUUUCAAAGAGAAACAAGAGGUAGAAUUGUAGAGGGGAAAGGGUCAUUAUGAAGAGCAGACAAAAUUGAAAACUUUCAAUUUAAGUAAGUGCAAUUAUAACUUUAUGAAGGCGAAUCUGUCUAAGGUGGCCGAGAAAAAUAAGCUAAGAGACAAAAAAUGCCGUAUUUAAGUUUGCUAAUGACAAUAUUGUUGGCUGAAUCAAAGGCAGUGAAGAAUCAGUGUAUAGGAGGGAGAUUGAAAAUUGGACUGAGUGGUGUUACAACAGCCUCGCACUCAAUGUCAGUAAAACCAAGAAGCUGAUUAUUGGCUUCAAGAAGAGGAAACUGGAGCUCCAUGAGCCAGCUCUCAUCAGAUCAGAGGUGGGGAGGGUCAGCAACUUGAAGUUCCUUGGUGUUAUAAUUUCAAAGCAUCUGUCCUGUGUCCAGCACGUAAAUGUCAUUAUGAAGAAAGCACAGCAGUGCCUCUACUUCCUUAGAAGUUUGCAAAGAUGUGGCAUGACAUCUAAAACUCUGAAGAACUUGUAUAGAUGUAUGGUGCAGAGUAUAUUGUCUGUUUGCAUCACAGCUUGGUUCAGAAACACCAAUGCCUUUGAAUGGAAAUCCCUGCAAAAAGUAUUGGACACGGCCCAGUCCAUCACGGGUAAAGCCACAACAACCACCUUUCACCCAGUGUCGGCAAAACCAAAGAGCAGAUUAUUGACCAUAUCUACUGUACAUGGAGUGUUAUGGCAAGAAAGCAGCAUCCAUUAUGGACGCCCACCACCCAGACUAAGCUCCCUUCUCAUUGCUGCAAUCUGGAAGGGGCCCAGGAGCCUCAAGAUCAACACUAUCAGGUUCAAGAACCGUUAUUACCCCUCAACCAUCAAGGUUUUGAACCACAGGGGAUAACUUUUCUCACCUCAUCACUGAACUGUUCCCACAACCAUGGUCUCAUUUUCAAGGACUCUUUAUCUCAUGUUCUUGACAUUUAUUGUUAAUUUAUUAUUACUACUUCUAUUUGUAUUUGCAGUUUGUUGCCUUCUGCACUCCGAUUGAACACCCUAGUUUGGCAGUCUUUCAUUGAUUCUAUUAUAAUAUCCUUUUUUCUCUUUUGUAUUUGCACAGGUUGUUUUCUUUGCAUAUUAAUUGCUUGUCUGUCCUGGUGAGUACAGUCUUUCAUUGAUUCCAUUUCCUUUCUUGGAUUUACUGUGUAUGCACAAAAGAACAUUAAUUUUCAGGUUUGUAUAUGGUGACAUACAGGUACUUUUAAUUUGAACUGUAUAAAUUUACUUUGAACAAUGGAACAGUUGAAUAGUUGCAGAUAUUCAAUAAGCAGGACCAAAGCAAUGUAUUUCAAUUAGAAAGAGUAAUUCCUUGAGAAGUAAUCUGUGGUUAGGGAUCAAAGGAGGUCAAAGAUGAUGAGCUGAUGACUGGGAAACUUUUAGAACUCAGCAGCUAAAGCAAAAGCUCACAAGAAGGGAGAACAUCUAUUUUGAUAGAAAACAUUUGUGUAAUAUCACAACAAAUUGUUUAUAGAAUAUACUGUAAACAGGAAGUUAUGGACUAUACUGUAAAUAUGAAAAAGGCAGCUAAACUUAGUAUAAGGCGUCAAGAAAAUGAGCCUGGUAUAUUAACAACAGGAUGCAAAGGUUACGGGUGAAGGCAGGAGAAUGGGGUUGAGGAAUAAUUAAUCAGCCAUGGUUGAAUGACUCGAUGGACUGAAUGGACUAAUUCUGCUCCUAUGUCUUAUGGCCUACUUGGCAGAUUAUAUUAAAUUAGUGUUUUUUAUGCGUCAGUCUUCUUAGUGACAAACUGUAAAUAUUCCUUAGAAAAUAGAUGGACCCAUUUCAAAUAAAUGAAAUUGUAAAGAUCUCGAUAAAAUGGAACAUAAUAUUUGAGAAACUUGCAAGUCUAAAAGCAGACUAAUUGCUGGAACCUGACUGCCUGUGCCCAAGGGUGUUAAAGGAAAUGGCUGCAGAGAUAGUGAACCAAUUAGAUUAGUUGACAAUUUUCAAAACUCACUAAAUUCCAGGUGUGUACCAGAAGAUUGGAAAAUAGCCAAUUUAACUCUUGUUCGAAAAAGGGAUCCAAAUCAGAAUCAGGUUUAAUAUCACCGGUACAUGUCAUGAAAUUUGUUGUCUUUGCAGCAACAAAUACAACACAUAAUAAUAGAGAAAAAAAACUGAAUUGCCGUGUAGUGUAUAUUAAACAAAUUAAAUUAGUGCAAAAGCAGAAUUUAAAUAGUGGGGUUGUGCCAAAAUGCAUCAUCAUACAUUUCCCAACACUGUAUUCCAUCUGCUGCUUUUUUUCCCACAUUCUUCCAAGUUGUCUAAGCCCUGCUGCAAUCACAUUGCUUCCUCAGCAGCACCUACCCCUCCACUUGUCUUUGUAUCAUCCACAAGCUUUACCACAAACAAUGUGAAAAGUAGCAUUCCCACCACUGACCCCUGAGGAACACCACCAGUCAUUAGCAACCAACCAGAAAAGAGCCCCUUUAUUCUCACUUGGUGCCUCCUGUCUGUCAGAUAUUCCUCUAUGUAUGCUAGUAUCUUUCCUAUAACACCAUAGGAUUUUAUCUUAAGUAGCCUCAUGUAUGGCACCUUAUCAAAGACCUUCUGAAAAUCCAAGUAAAUGACACCCACUAGCUCUCCUGUGUACACCCUACUAGUUACUCCCACGAAGAACUCUAAAAUAUUUGUCAGGCAAGAUUUCCUUUUACAAUAACCAUGCUUUGACUUAUUUAUCAUUAGUCUCUAAGUACCCCAGAACCUCAUCCUUAAUAAUAAACUCCCAACACUUUCCCCAGCCAAUGAGGUUAGGCCAAAUAGCCCAUAAUUUUUACUUUUGCCUUCCUCCUUUCUUAAAGAAUGGAGUGACAUUUGCUUCUGCUCAAGUUUCAUUUCUGUCAGUCAUGCAAGUCCCGGGUGGUGACUCAGGAAUACCAUUGCACUCAGAUGUAUAAGGAUUCUUCAUUGCUGAAAAGGGAUCUCGUGCUUUAUGACAAAUAAACUCUUCUCUGACUUCCAGCUGGGCACAGGCGUCAAUUUUAACCAAUGUUUCAAUGACAAACUCUGCAGGGAUUACUUGGUGUUUAGAAUAAGAGGUGGCCUUACUCAAGAUUCUAAGGGAGCUUGAUAGGAUAGAUGUAGAGAUGCUUCCCACCAGUGGGAGAUUCAUGGACAGGGAGAAAUAGUUCCAAGGUAAGGACCCAGUAUUUUAGAACUGUGUACAGAAAUUUCUUCUCAGGAGGUAGUAAAUCCCUGGAAUUCUCUGCCCUCUCCCGCUUUCUAUACUGCCCAAAAGUAAUAGAGGCGGGUCCAAUAGAUACACUUAAAUACACUUAAGCUGGGAGAUAGGUGAAAGAUAACUAACAACCCCUUUGGAUUUUAAAGAUCAAGGAACUGACAGUUAUGGGCAUUUGGCACAUAAGGAGUUAAAGGCAUUGUAGAUCAGCCAUAAUCAUAUUUGAUGGUGGGUGCAAUGUACUUCAAACUUAUAACUAACUGACUUAUUCGUAAUAUUUUCUUGUAGUCUAUUGAUACCAAUUGUCCCACUAAACCAUUGGAGUAAGGGGAAAUAUUGGAGAUUUAAUUAGAGUAAGGGGAAAUAUGAAGCUAUCAGGCAGGAACUUGGAAGCAUAAAUUGGGAAGAGACUUUCUCAGGGAAACGUGGCAAAUGUUCAGGGGUUAUCUGUGUGGUGUUCUGCGUGGGUACGUCCAAUGAGACAGGGAAAAGGAUGGUGGGGUACAGGAACCAUGGUGUACAAAGGCUGUUGAAAAUCUAGUCAAGAAGAAAAGCUUACAAAAGGUUCAAUAAACUAGGUUACGAUAGAGAUCUAGAAAAUAAUAAGACUAGCAGAAAGGAGCUUAAGAAUGGAAUGAGGAGAACCAGAAGGGGCCAUGAGAAGGCCUUGGUGAGCAGGAUUAAGGACAAUCCCAAGACAUUCUAGAAGUAUGUGAAGAGCAUGAGGAUAAGAAGUGAGAGAAUAGGACCAGUCAAGUGUGACAUGGAAAAAUGUGUAUGGAACCAAAAGAGAUAGCAGAGGUACUUAAUGAAUACUUUACUUCAGUAGUCACUAUGUAAAAGGACUUUGGCAAUGGCAGGGAUGGCUUACAGUGGACUGAAAAGCUUGAGCAUAUAGACAGAGGGAUCUUGGGUCCAUGUCCAUAGGACACUCAAAGCUGCUGUGCAGGUUGACUCUGUGGUUAAGAACGCAUACAGGACAUUGGCCUUCAUCAAUCAUGGGAUUGUUUGAGCCAAUGUUACAGCUGUAUAGGACCCUGGUCAGAUCCCACUUGGAGUAUUGUGCUCAAUUCUGGUCACCUCACUACAGAUUGGAUGUGGAAACUAUAGAAAGGGUUCAGAGGAGAUUUACAAGGAUGUUGCCCAGAUUGGGGAGCAUGUCUUAUGAGAAUAGAUGGAGCGACAGAGGAUGAGAGGUGUAUAAGAUGAUGAGAGGCAUUGAACGUAUGGAUAAUCAGAGGCUUUUUCCCAGGGCUGAAAUGGUUAACACAAGGCGGCACAGUUUCAAGGUUCUUGGAAGUAGGUACAGAGAAGAUGUCAGGGGUAAUUAUUUUUUUAAAUGUAGAGUGGCGAGUGCAUGGAAUGGGCUGCUGGCAGCAGUGAUGGAGGCGGAUACAAUAGGAUCUUUCAAAAGGCUCCUGCAGAGGUAUAUUAGAGCUUUAGAGGGCUAUGGGUAACCCUAGGUAAUUUCUAAAGUAAGUACAUGUUCAGCACAGCAUUGUGGGCUGAAGGGCCUGUUUUGUGCUGUGGGAUUUCUAUGUUUUAACCAGUUUUCACACCCAAUGGGUUACUAUUGUUCUGCAGCCUUCUACACUGUUGACCUAUUAGAUUAACUCAAUUCUCCUUUUGCGGACGCUGUCUGACCGUCUGAAUAUUUCUGCUGUUUCAAGAUUUUAUUCCAGAUUUCCACGGAUUUCUGGGUUUUAAUUCUCCUCCCCUGAAAGCACAGCGUGCACCUCAGAGCAACUCUGGCUGGGAAGUUUGGAUCUGGGCUUCACAGUGGCCUGUGCUUUGGCUGGGUGGGAGCUUUGCAGGACCCACUGUUCAGAUGGUUUUAGCUUCUUGUGAAGUGCAAGGUGAAGAACUUGAACAAGGAAGCUUUAAAUCAACACAAAUCCAAAGGGAAUGUUAGUAUCUUUAUCAACCACCUCCCAACUUCAUUUAUUGUCACAGACACCCCUUGAAGCAUUAGAACAGGAGAACUGAGCUGGGGCUCCUCAAGGAUUAAAAGAAUUCCAAAGGGGACUCAUUUUGAAAACAAAGACUUUAUAAAUAAGUAAAGAGCAGCAGAAGGAGGGAUGGGUUGUUUUGAAGUCUGACAUUUAACUGUACGACCCCUCGGUGUGAAGGCAGCUUUCAGCGAGUGAGCUGCCAUUCUGAAGCACCAGGUAGCAAAUAAAUCAGGCAGGGAGGUGGGAUGGUGGCUUAGUGUGAGCCUUGCCCACUAGCAGCAGAGGUACAUCAGUCAGUCAGAGGACUCCACUCCAAGCAGGAGGAGGGGCUGCCGUCUCUCUGAUUCUCCCUUCAAAGGAAAAUCAGGUUCCCAUUUGAAGUGAUUUACCUUCAUUAUCUACACGGAGCUCCGAAGAGGGGAAGCAGAGACUGGAAACUGCUCCUUGCCUCAGGUAUGUAGUUCUGUCUAAUCGUGGUCAAUUAACAAACUGUUUUCAACAUCUUAUUAAUAUAAUCAAUGCUAUUUGAAUAAGUUGAUAAACUACAGUAAAACUCUGAUCAUUAACAAAUCCAACUCAUCGCUGCCUAAAGCUCGUCUGCCAAGACUGAUGCUACCUCCAGAUAACUUAGCGUUUACUUACACUGUCCCAAUUUUGAUCCUUUCCCAGAUUUCAACUCUCUGCCACUGGUAUUUCCACCACCACUUUCCCUAAACCUCUCUUUUCACAAUCUUGGGCUAUUCAUAACCAAGCUUAGUAACCCACCCUAACCCCCUUAUUUUUGAUUACUCUACGGUGGAGUAUCUUCAGUCGGCUUGCAGUGUUAGAGGUGAUGAAUCUCUGGGAAAUGUUGUUGCUAAUGGACGGUACAUCACACUAACUGCAGCUGCUCUGAGACUCUGGCGGCAUUCUGUGAUGACAUCCAUCAAAAACAUCUGUGCUGAAUGUUCUCUAAGGUACCCCCUGUUGUGGGACUGCUGAGACAGAAAGAACGAUCGGAGCCUGAAGGACUGUUGCUGGGCUUGCUAACUGUACUUCACACAGGCUCAAGAAUGUCCACAAAGGCGGUCACAGCAAAUUACAUUGCUCACACUAGAAAGGCAGUGGAACAGCUGCGGAUGGAGGCUGGCAUUGACAGGAUUAAGGUUUCAAAAGCUGCAACAGACCUGAUGAACUACUGCGAGGAACACACGACAAAAGACCCACUGCUGAUAGGAAUUCCAACCUCGGAGAACCCUUUCAAAGACAAGAAGCCUUGCACCAUAUUGUAACGUUACUGACACAUGUUGACACCCAGCACCUACCACACCCUAGAACCACAAUCCAUUCCUGCAUUAUCCUAAUAUGAUCAGCCUCUCAUUCCUCAGCUAUCAUUUUGGAUGACGUAUUCACCAUCCUUUCAAGAGUGGGAGGUUGCAAAGGGAAAGGAGCUUGUCAUAAGACUGAGGAGAGUGACAGCAGAAACAUAACUCUAGAAACAUAGGAAAUUACCCAAGCACAAAUGCUUCAAAUGUCAUUUGUUUUAUAGCUUGCCCAGAGAGUUGAGUUGAAGAGUGGGAAUGACACAGGGCCUUUGUGUCUUCCUGCUUGUCCAGAAUUUGACUGUUCACCUCAGACACUGCCCUGCAUACAGCUGCAUUCUGACUUCAGCCUUGACGGCAGAACUAGUUAGCAGGGACCCUGGAGGCUUGGCAGAAGGUGGGAAAAGGUGGGGCUGAGGCUGAUGCAGUAGUUUAUGGGGAUCAUCAAUUUUGAAGUAUAAUUGUUGGAAAUUAAAGGCUUUUGUCACAUUUCACAUUCAGCUUCAGCCUUCUGUUUGUCAUGACUGAAAGUGCUCCAGCAAUAUGGUGUGACAGGUGAUGAGUUAUUUGAUUAGCAUCUGCCCCAGUUUCCUCACGUUCCACAACAGCAGCAGGACCUCCCCAGUUCAACAACAGCAGACCGAAUCCAAAAGGUAUCACAGUGUCAGAGUAAGGAGGGAGUGAAGGGAUAACACGAAGAUAAUCAGACACUAAGAUUCAGUUAAUUAUCCAGAAUGUUAUGUUCCUUCUCCAAGAAGGGUGAACAGGAAGCAUUCAGUGUCAGAGAAUGGUUGUAAUGGAAAGGGAAAGGGGGAAGAAUGUAAGCUAGGUGGGGAGUGAGGGUGUAGACACUGGUGUAUUGACACCAGCAAGAAGCUUCAGGAUUAUGACAUGUCUAACCUGGAGCUGGGC